UCUCGCGAUACCGCAACGCGCUACAGACAGUCUCAAACACACACAGAGCGCCAUUUGCUUCGAACGCACGUGUGUUUUGCGUGUCAUGAGUUCGCGUCGCAGUGUUUAUUACCCUUAAAUCGUUUAAUUUAAUUUAUCGUCAUUAUGCCGAAGCUGAAGAAAAGUAAGAGCGGAGGGGAGCGCGGUGGUUCCGCUGUCGGACUCGCCGAUCAGAUCAUGCAGGGAGACUCGGUUCGGAUGAGCGGUCGCGUGAAGAGCCGGAGCCGAACUCACGAGGAGGACCAGGAGUACGUGGACGAGAAACUCUCGAGAAAGAUCCUCCAGCAGGCACGAAUCCAACAGGAGGAACUGCAGACUGAGUUUGGGGUCACACCUGAAACAAAAAAAAGACAACCGGCCACAAAUCUAGGUCCGAGCACACAGGAUGGGGAUUCAGAUGAGGAGUGGCCCGCUCUGGGUGAAUCCACAGAGGACACGCCCACAGAGGUGCAGGUGGAUCCAGAAGAUGAGAAGGCCAUUCAGACGUUCAUGAACAAGAAUCCUCCUGUCAGACGGACGUUAGCUGACAUCAUCAUGGAGAAGAUCACGGAGAAGCAGACCGAGGUGGGCACCGUGAUGUCAGAGAUGUCGGGUCGACCCGUCCCUCAGCUCGACCCCAGAGUCAUAGAGGUGUACAGAGGUGUCCACAAGGUUCUGUCUAAAUAUCGCAGCGGGAAACUGCCCAAAGCGUUUAAGAUCAUCCCGGCUCUGUCUAACUGGGAGCAGAUCCUGUAUCUGACGGAGCCCGAGACUUGGACCGCUGCUGCCAUGUAUCAAGCCACCAGAAUCUUCACCUCCAAUCUAAAGGAACGCAUGGCCCAGCGCUUCUACAAUCUGGUGCUGUUGCCGAGAGUCCGAGACGACAUCGCCGAGUACAAGAAGCUGAACUUUCACCUUUACAGCGCGCUGAAGAAAGCUCUGUUCAAACCUGGAGCCUGGUUCAAAGGAAUUCUGCUGCCGCUGUGCGAGUCGGGCACAUGCACGCUAAGAGAAGCCAUCAUCAUCGGCAGCGUCCUCACCAAAUGCUCCAUACCAGUGCUGUACUCCAGCGCCGCGAUGCUCAAACUGGCAGAGACGGAAUACAACGGCGCCAACAGCACUUUCCUGCGCCUGUUACUGGAGAAGAAGUACGCUCUUCCCUUCCGCGUGCUGGAUUCUCUGGUGGCUCACUUCCUGUCGUUCCGUACGGAGAAGCGGACUCUGCCGGUGCUGUGGCAUCAGAGCCUGCUGACGCUGGCACAGCUAUAUAAAGCCGAUCUGUCGUGUGAACAGAAGGAGGCUUUACUGGAACUGCUGAAGAUUCAAACACACCCGCAGAUCACAGCCGAGAUCAGACGAGAGCUUCAGAGCGCUGAACCCAGAGACGUGGAGGACGUCACGCCGGCCAUGUGCGACGACUGAGACACUAUCACACUUCUUCUCAUGAUUGAAUGUGUGUCGUCAGGUUUGCUAUAUCUGUGAUUGACAGGUGUUGAAUUGCUGUUUAUUAAAAUCAUAUUGUAUAAACA